AUGACUAUCUUAACUAAUGGAAAUACUUCAGGCAUCAACAACGCUCUUCUUGGAAUUGAAAUCCCUGAAUUGGUCGAGCGGCUUCGUGAAGCGUACAAGGACGAUGCAGAUAAGCCCCUGACUCCCCGCACAGGCUGGAAGCCACUUUGGGACGUCCGUCUCUCCAAAGUCACCAUUACAGAGCAGCAUGGCACCUCCUGGGAGCAAAAGGUUGGUGAGAUGUCUCCUAGCGUUCAAGAAAUCGUCGCCAAGGGAGGUGUGGUCGGGAUGGCCGAUCGAGCCGGAAGGGGGAAACAAAAGAGGAAGAGAAAUGUCGAGAGUAGAUAUCAAUAG